AUGCCAGACCUGGAUAUGACAUCUCGAAUUUUGACCAUCAUCCAAGGAUACGGCCAUAAUGAAGAGAACGCUCAAGGCGAGCAAUGGUUAGGUCGUGCAAAGUUCGUUCCGCGUGUUCAAAAAUACGUUGACGGCAAUGCACCUAUUGAGCUUGUCCUUCCCGGAUUCCCCUGGAAGAGCGUCAACAAGGCGGAAAAGGUUCUGGGAGCUUUACCUGACUUGGGCGAGGAGCUAGCCCUUGGCCGUCUCCAGAAUGUCUGCAAAGAUAUCCAAGAAGUUUACGCCCCUGGAGCUUACGUGACGAUUAUUUCAGAUGGACUUGUCUAUAGUGACCUCAUGGGUAUGUCGAGCGAGGAGAUUUUUGAAUACGGCUUGAAUGUGCGACGCAUGGCUGAGGCGAAGGGUUAUGACCGUCUCAAGUUUAUGCGAAUCAUGAACUUGGUUGGCAUCAGCGACAGCAUCCAGGUGACCAAGGAGGAGUAUGUCGGCCGCGUCGAUGAAUCCCGCAGGAUGCUCGUGGAAAAGUACACGCCCAAGGGAUUCGAUGCUCGUGAAGCAAUCGCCAACGAUCCAGAUAUCAAGCUCACAUAUAACGGUUACAUCAAACUCCUGAACAGGGAUUUACGAUACAGCCCUGUAACGGCUAAUGAUACCACCGAGGAAGAGUACAAGCAAACCGUUGAGCGAGUUGCCAGCGACUUGAUUACCCGUGGCAAGGCCUAUGCCGCUAUUAUUGAUGACAACUUUCCUGACCACAUUCGUCUGUCUAUCCAUCGAUCCACGGGUAACAACAAGCUAUCGUUCCCUCUGAUUCCUCAGCCGGACGGCUCAUCCAUGACCCCGUGGCAUUGCUCUGUUGCUGUCACUUCCGAGGGCCAGUUCCGCACAGCUCUGGCCAUUGACUUGCGCGAAUCAUUUGAUGUCAUUGAACAAGACGGACGGCCCUACUAUUUCCGAGACCGGUCCGAUGUGUGGAAGUGGGAUGUGCCUGUUGAGUUUGAGGUUUUCUACCCUAAGGGACUCUAUAUCCGAGCAAAGGCAACUGAGGGUGAAGCUGCGCCAAGGAUUGGUCCUAAUGAACUUGCUAAGAUUGAGCAGCUGAGAACAGGAUUUUCGCCUGUUAUUCCCAUGGGGUUUGCUUAG